AUGAUGACGAUGCCACAUAUGAACAGCGCAGACGUAGACGGAGUCAGCUGCAUGUCUGGAUCAUGGAUACCAGACAUUGGUUCAGAUACCCUUAUGAUGUCAAAUGUAUUUCGCGCUCGAUGUUGCUCGUGCGCUUCCUCCAUUUCUCGCGACGUGCCGAAGGCUGAUCGUGCGUGGAGGGGCAGCCGCCUCACUGCGGUGUUCCCCGGACAGAGAUGUGGUGAUAUCAGUGGCAACCUUGCGAUGCUGGCUCGCGAUCGGACGUCUCGGGGCCAGAGGACUUCCACGGAGAGCUUGGAGCAACGUCAGUUGGGAAAGGAGGUGAAGUCUUCGCGGACGCGGCGCUGGCUCUUCCAAUGGUAUUUCGGCGCAGACUGGUGGUUGUGCUUCGACGAGACUCAGUGGAUCGACUUUGCACUGAGUACGGUGGGAAAUGCGAUGCCCAAUUGUGCAGCAGAAAGGCCCCGCCGUCGACCCGAUCGACGAGGGGGAUUCCAGGGGGGCCAGUGUGGGCAGCAAGAGAAGGAGGAAGGUUUAACGAGGAGGAAGAGGAGAAGACGAUCUUGA